AUGGACGACUCUGACCCGUUGCUGAGUGAGCUCUGCUCGAUUUGCCACAUCAACCCGCCGAAAUACCGCUGUCCGCGCUGCUCAACACGAACCUGUUCCCUCCCUUGCACGAGGCGCCACAAGCUCUGGUCGCAAUGUUCCGGUGUGCGCGAUCCGGGCGCCUACCUCAAGCGUAGCGAGUUAGCCACAGAAGUGGCCUUUGACCGUGACUUCAACUUCAUCUCGGGCAUUGAGCGCUCGCUGGAGCGUGCCGACAGAGAUGCCGAAAACAGAGGUAUUGAACUUCAACGUGGAAGCGCUGCAGAUGGCGAAGAGGCGGAGGAAUCCCUUGAACCCGGCGCUGGACGCAAAAGGAAGCACCCGGGCCAGGGUCUUGUGAAGGGUGAAGCUGGAUUCUUGCGCGGAGCAGAGGCUGGCGCCGUUAAGGUUCUACGCGCGCCGAGGGGCAUGACGAGGAAUAAGCAGAAUACGUCCAGGUGGCAUCCCAAACACAAGUGCCUUAGCUGGACUGUGGAAUGGGUACCGACCUCUGGAGAGAAAAUGGUCUGCAACAGCCUUGAGACGCGCACUCUAGCUCAGGCAUACGACGGUGUCUACCCGAUCCCAAAGGAAGAAAGACCCAAUUGGGAUCCCAAUCGGGGACAAAAAGGCGAGCAGCAGAACAGCUCUAUGGUCCAUGAGCAGAACGAUGUCACCACGACCGAUACUGUUGCAACUACGACCGAAGCCACGGAUUCAAUCACCAAGAAAGAGCCGGUUUCAGAAGCAGCGGAGACAUCUACAGCCCCAGGAGAAGAACCAAAAUCCGAUCUUCCCAUCACCUCUCACCGCGGCGUAUACUUCUACCUCCACCGCCCCCGAACAUCUACCAAAAAACCAGUCCUGGUCCCUAUACCCCCACAAACAACAUUGGUAAAUGCCCUGCGCGAACGAACAGUCCUAGAGUUCCCUACCCUUUACGUCCUCCCCGAAUCCGCGGAAACCCUAGCCGCAAGUGAGGAAGAAUCUCGUUUCAUCCUAGAAGAAGAAUAUCUACGAACAGCCGUACCCGAAGAGGCUGCAGAAUCAGAGAACGAAGGCGCGGGAAUGAACAAUGACGCGGAACUACAUGGUGCCAAGGACAUUGGGAAUGUUGAUGAGCAAAAGGUGAUGGAAGUGUUGAAGCAAGAUUUAUUUGAGACUGUGCCUGAGGAAGAGGCAUAA